CGACAGCUCCCCUCCUCCGGCUGCCGGUUCCUCCUCAAGUUGCCGGCAAUUCCCCCAAGUCCCAAGUCCCAAGUCGCGCGAUUGCUGGCACCACUCGACCGCAUCCAACCGCCGACGACGUCCACCUUCGACAACAGCUCCGACAGCAACACUCGCUCGUUGCAACUGACCCAGAUCUCUCCUCUUCCCCGCCGUCUGGUCUGGGUUCGGUCACCCACUCUCUCUUUAACUCUCUCAUACAAAUCAUAAUGUCUUCCACCACAGCUAUCCGGCUAGCUGUGCGCCCUUCCUCGUGGAGGGGCACCGGCGCAUUAUCAUCCGGUCGUCCUCUCUCCCAAUUCGCUCCCGUACCACGAAGACCGAUAAACCCCUCGAUAUGCAUGCGCCAGGGCACCCUCCGCCUCUCCAUUCGCGACGGCCGACUUUUCUUCUCGACCCAACCUCCCAAAGACACCACCGAGAAUAAGGACAACAAGGAGACCGAGUCCUCCAAUGUCUUCUUCAUGCCACCACCUCCCCAGGCCCAAGCCGAGGCGUCGCCUUCAGAGUCGGCAAAAGAAGACACCACCGCCGAUGCCACCAAGCCCGAAACAGAAAGACCAACAGCUGCUUCCGAGUCCGAGACGUCCAAGUCUCCCGAGUCCGAGCCCACCACCUCCGCUAGCGACAGCGCCGCCAACCCGUCCGAAUCGGCUUCAGAAACCACCACCGAAAACGGCAACAAUGACCCAACCCAACCCGAACUCCCCUCGCGCACCGAAGCCCACCGCGCCCGCCUCGCCGCCCGCUUCUCCACCAUAAUGGACAACUUCCAGACCCGUCUCCUGACCGCCACCCAAACCCUCAACGACCUGACCGGCUACAGCGCCAUUGAGCAAAUCAAGCGGCAAAACGCCGAGCUGGAAGUCGCCCACGGACAAGCCCAAUCCCGCUUGCGCGACGCCCGACACAAUUACAAGAGUCUCACCAUGCACCGCGCCUCGACGCAGCGCGAGGUGACCACCCUGCUCGCGCGCAAGGACACAUGGAACCCGCUUGAUCUCGAGCGGUUCACCAGUCUGUACAGAUUGGAUCACGAAUUAGAAGCGCAAGUGGCGCAAGCGGCGCAGGAGUUAACCGAGGCUGAAACCGAAGAGUCGCGACUCUCCGCCGACUUGAACGCCGGCAUCUUAAAACGGUACCACGAGGAACAAAUCUGGAGCGAUAGAAUCCGGCGGCAGUCGACGUGGGGCACGUGGGGACUGAUGGGGGUGAACGUGCUGUUGUUUCUGGUAUUGCAGUUCGUUGCCGAGCCGUGGCGAAGGAAGAGGUUGAUGAAGGGGAUCGCCGAAAACGAAAAGGGGGUGAUUGACGAGGUCAGACAUGAGUUGGGACAGGUGCGGCAGGCGCUGGAGGCGAGUGGGUUGAGGGAGAUGGCGCAUUUGACGAGGUUGAUGGAGCAGGAAAGGGAGAUUCAGGCGUUGGCUUCUACUUCUUCUUCUUCUGGUUCCUCCUCCACUUCUACCACCUCCUCAGGAACUGCUGCUGAAACAGAAGAAGGAGAAAUGGAUCUAGCAGCCGAGUUCAUAGCCGCUGCCGCCGAGGAGGCUGCUGAAGAAGCAGCACAACACCAACAACAAAUACCAGAGACACAAGAAGAGCCCCAACCAGCACCACUAACAUGGAAGCAAACCGCCCAGAAAUGGCAACAAACGCUCUCUGAUCCUCAACAGAUCAAGGCCGCCGUCGUGGACCUCUACAGCGACAGGAGGAUAGACGUCAAGAUGCGGGACGUGUCGCUGCUGGCGCUGGAGAGCGCGGCGACGGGUGCGGCGGUGGUUGCUAGCGUUGCGUUUUUCGUUUUGAGGAGUGGUGUAGGUAGCGGGAAGGCUUGAUUUGAUUUGAUCUGAUGUGAUUUUUUCGAUCAAGUAUUCUAGAGCUUUUUGGCGGGCGGGUUUUCAUGUUUUGCUAGAUAAAAUUGGCUGCAUUUUGAAGGGAGCAAGGGAGCGGGCGGCUUUUUACUAGAACGCUGGUUUGCUUGGUUGGUUGGUUGCUGAUUGUGGUUGUAUGUUGUUGUUGUUGUUGUUGUUGUAUGAUGUUGUGGCGGAUGAAAAUUAUUUUCUUUCUCUUCUUUAUCUGUACGUUGUUGA